CCGUUGGGCUGUAACGCAUCAUGGGCGCAACGCAUAUACUUGCAGCGUUUUGCGCCUGCCAGUCGAGAUUGAGCCAUGGAGUCCAGCACAAUCCUCUCCAGCUGUGCUCUGCGCUGGCGCAACACCGGCGAAUUGGUUCAGGCGCGCUGGCUAGCUUUGCUCGAUGUCAUCGGGAACGAUCCGAUGCACUUGUGGGUGUUCGGCACCACAAUAAUCAUAUUUAUCGUUUAUUGGCUUUAUGCUGCCAUUUUCACGCUCAUGGACAUCACGAAGCGUCCGAAAUUUCUUCGCAAAUACAAAAUACAGCCGGGCCAGAACGAGCCGCUGGAUCUUGGACGACUUUGGCGUGCCGUCAAGAUGGUGCUGUUUAACUUAACUGUGGUCAAUUUGACUAUAACCUGGUGCCUUUACGUAUUGGUGCUCAAGCACUAUAAUAGCAUCGAGGUACGUGUACUACCAAGCUUUGGACGGGCUGUGCGCGACUUUGUCGCCUUCGUGGUGCUGGAAGAGACCAUGUUCUACUAUGUGCACCGUUUGCUGCACCACAAAUCGGUGUACAAGUAUGUGCACAAGAAGCAUCAUGAGUGGACAUCACCCGUUGCGGCCAUGACUCUGUACGCGCAUCCUUUAGAGCAUGUGCUGGCCAAUUUGGUUCCAGUGGGCAUAUCAUUGUCUCUACUGGGCGCACAUGUUCUUGUGGCUUGGGUCCUGACAUCGUUGGCCGUCAUCAACGCGAUGAGCGAUCAUACAGGCUACAGUUUUCCUUGGUCAGGCGGAUCUGUGCGCUUCCACGACUAUCAUCACGCCAAGUUCAAUUACAAUUAUGGCGUUACAGGUUGGCUGGAUAAGCUACAUGGCACCUACAGAGCUCCAUACGAGCAGAAGCAGCAGCUAGGCAAGCCCAAGUCCGUUAAGAUCAAGCCCAAGUCAAAAUAGUGGGAGUUUGUGUCACAAUAAGUCACUAUUAUAUUAACGCUUUUCCCUUUUUUAAAU